AUGAAGACCGAAGUCGAAGUCGAAGUCGAAGUCGAAGCCCAAGUCCGAUCCUGGGGAUUCUCCCACGUCUUCACCUGGACCGACAGCGCCAGCGCCUACUACCCACCUCACUCCCAUUCCAGCCUCACCACCCACGUCAUCCUUCGCGGGCAGCUCACUAUCGCCUACCCGGAAGACGGCGAUGCUGAACAGCGGAAGGUGAGGACUACGUAUGAGGUUGGCGACAGGGUUGAUGUGGAUGCUGGCAGGGUGCACGAGGUGUGGAUGGGGGGCGAGGGGUGUACGUAUGUUAUUGGGGAAUGA